UUUUCAACAUCCACAAUUAUACAGACAUAUAUCGUCCUCCCCUUAUCCCUAGCUUCUUUGGUAUAGCUAGAGAUGAAUCUUUUGUUCUUAUGCCUCUCCUUUCCUUUCUUAUUCUACUCUUUCUUUUCCCUUUUCAAGUUGAUUCUUCAACGUAGAGGCCAAUCAUGUUACAUGUUGGCCUACGAGUGCUUUAUGCCUCCAGAAGACACCAAACUCAACACUGACUCCGCCACAAAGAUUGUCCUACGAAACAGAAAGCUGAGAUUGGAGGAGUUGAGGUUUCUCCUCAAAACCAUUGUCAGUUCGGGGAUUGGGGAGAACACUUACUGCCCCAGAACCGUUCUUGAAGGGAGAGAAGAGUGUCCAUCUCUUAAGGACACGUACGAGGAAAUAGACGAGAUCAUGUUCGACACACUCGACAACCUCUUCAAGAAGACGGCUAUUUCACCCUCCGAGAUAGACAUCCUCGUAGUCAACGUCUCCUUGUUCUCGCCCUCACCUUCUCUGGCAGCACGUAUCAUAAACAGGUACAAAAUGAGAGAAAACGUCAAGGCUUUCAACCUUGCAGGAAUGGGGUGUAGUGCAAGUGUCGUCGCUAUUGAUGUGGUGCAGCAACUCUUCAAGACUUACAAGAACUCUGUCGGGAUUGUUGUGAGCACUGAGGAUCUUGGUGCACAUUGGUACUGUGGAACGGACAAGAAAAUGAUGCUUUCUAACUGCCUCUUUCGCUCUGGUGGCUGCUCUGUGAUGUUGACAAACAAGCCUUCUCUGAAGGACCGUGCAAUAUUGAAACUGAAGCACAUGGAGANGACCCAGUACGGUGCUGAUGACGAGGCUUACAACUGCUGUAUACANGUGGAAGAUGANCANGGGUANUNNGGUNNUCGCCUCACCAAGAGUCUUGUNAAGAGUGCCGCUCAAGCCUUGACGGUGAACCUUCAAGCGAUGACACCCAAGAUUCUGCCAGUGUGGGAAAUGGUAAGGUUCUUUUUUGCCUCUGUAAGGUACAGUGGGAUGAAGAAAAGGGAAAUGGUACCCUUUUUCACUGGGCUGGUUCUUGGCAAGAACAAGAUGAAGAAGACAAAAGUUAAUCUAUUGGGAGGGGGGUUGAAUUUCAAGACAGGAAUAGAGCACUUUUGUGUGCAUCCUGGAGGGAGGGCAGUUAUUGAUGGGGUUGGCAAGGGUUUUAGGCUCACUGAAUAUGACCUAGAACCUGCAAGGAUGGCACUUCACCGAUGGGGGAACACUUCUGCUGGUGGCCUUUGGUACGUUUUNGGUUACAUGGAGGCGAAGAAGAGGCUGAAGAAGGGUGAUAGGAUCCUGAUGAUUAGCCUUGGAGCUGGGUUCAAGUGCAACAACUGUGUUUGGGAGGUGAUGAAGGACUUGUCUGAUACCAAUGUGUGGAAGGACUGCAUAGAAAGUUACCCUCCAGAGAACCUGAGUAACCCUUUCAAGGAUAAGUAUGAUUGGAUCAAUGACGAGUAUCUUAGCUUUGUGAGGUUGGAUUUUAGCAGGAUGGUCCUUUAGGUGGGGUACAGAGGGAGAGGUACAGUUCAGUAAAAUCAGAAGAGAAAGGAAAAGAAAUAUAAACUCUAUAUCAAACUAUACAGGUUAAUUAUUCAAUUAGAAGUUGUGGAAUAUGCGAUGAUGUUAAUUUCCAGGUUUGAAAGUAUUUUAUUCUGGUUCAUGUUUAAACACAAAGAUCCAUAUAAUUAGUCAGAGGAAGAACAAGUGUAGAUUUGAUUUGUUGAGAGAAACUUGAUGACAAACAUGUACUAUUGUUGUGCUAUUGAUGAAAUAAAGUUUCAUGUUAUUAA